AUGGCUAUUUCAGCUCGUCUUGCAUCUUUAAAGCUUGAAGGGUUACCGGUACCCAAUUGCCCCCUUCUUUAUGAGCCCCCUGGUGGGGUUGGGGGCCCCGGGGGCCCCGGGGGCCUCCAGGGGGACGGGGGAGGACCCCAGGGGGGCCCAGGUAUGGGGGGGGGCCCCGGGGGCCCCUCGGAUGGCUGGGGAGGGUACUCGCCGCAUGACGGAGAAGACGGGUACCCAGGUGCUCUGGGGGGGGUUGGGGGCCCCCGCAGGAGGAGGAGACAAAGAGAUGGGGGCCCAGAUGGCUGGGGAGGGUACUCGCCGCAUGACGGAGACGAGGGGUACCCAGGUGCUCUGGGGGGGGUUGGGGGCCCCCGCAGGAGGAGGAGACAAAGAGAUGGGGGCCCCCAGUUGGUGCAUUGCAGACAGAGAAGAGGAGCUGAUGGAGAAGACAACGGCCCCGAUCCCUGGAAUGUGUUUAGGAGCGGUUUACCUUUUGUUACGGAGACAGAUCUGUCCUCAUCUUCCUCUGCAGCAGCAGCAGCAGCAGCAGGAGGGGGUGAGGGUUUCCCUCUACGCCGUUUGUGUGCUUCUGAGAGGCGGCUGCUGGAGGUGGGAUCGAUAGCGUUGGAGUUGUUACUGAAAGAUUUACUUCGUUUGUGUGGGGUAGAGUUAGCUGGUGCUGCUUCUUGUUUUACUUUUCCUGUCUUCACCGCAAUUCAUAGAGCCAUUGCGAGAACACAGAAAGCAUCAGAUCCUCUUCAGUUUGAAACACUUUUUAAAGCUUUCUCUACAUGCGUCCGGCAGCAGCAGCUCCCCAGCAGGCUGAGACCGAGGCAGCAAGCAGAGCUCCUCACGAGGGUUCUUGCUGCAGAAGGGGUAUACAAAAGGGAACAGCAGCAGCAACAGCUGUUGCUCAUGCAGCAGCAGCAACAGCAGCAGCAGCAGCAGCAGCAAAGUAUUCCUGCUGAUCCAGAGCCGAACGCAGCUCCUGCUGCUGCUCCUGCUGCAGCUCCUGCAGACACGCGUGCAGCAACAGCUGAGCAAGCAGCAACCUGCGCAGCAGCAGCAGCAGCAGCAGCAGGAACAGAAGCAGCUGCAGCGAGUGAUACAACAGCAACAGGGGCAGCGUCGAGCGAUGCAGCGCCAGCACCAACAGAAGAUGCAGAUCCCGCAGCAGCUGCUGAUGCGCCUGCAGCAACGGCGAGUGAUGCAGCAGCAGCUGAAGGGGCAGCAGCAGCAGCAGCUGCUGCUGAAGCAGCAGCAUCACCAUCAACAGAUGCAGCAGCAGGAACACCAACCGAAACAGCAGCAGCAGAGACCGAUCUUGUACAGAUAAAAACUCAAGCGGCCGCAGAUGACAGAAGCACAGGCCCUGCUGCUGCUGCUGCUGCUGAAGACCUUUCUUCCGUCGCUGAGUCCUUCGGCAUUAUCCAGGAGCAAGAGAUGCCAGCAGCAGCAGAAGCAGCAGAAGCAGAAGCGGCAGCAGCAGCAGCAGAAGCAACAGAAGCAGAAAUGGCAGCAGCAGCAGAAGCUGCAGAAGCAGAAGUGGCAGCAGCAGCAGCAGCAGCAGCAGCAGCGGGAGUUCAUUCAGAGGGGGCAGUUGGUGCUGAGCUUCAAGCAGAAGCAGCAGCACCACAGCAGCGGGAGUUCAUUCAGAGGGGGCAGUUGGCGCUGAGCUUCAAGCAGAAGCAGCAGCAGCACCACCAACUGCAGCAGAAGAAGACGGGGAGACAGAAGACCCAGCAGCCAGAAGAAGACGGGGAAACAGAAGACCCAGCAGCGUGCGAAACAGCAGCCGCUGCAGCGGCAGCAGCAGCAGCAGAAGCAGCAGCAGGAGCGUGUGAAGCUGCAGCAGCUCCACCAGCAGCAGCCGAUAGCAGCACGGAAGCAGACCAACUGCAGCAGCAGAAGACGGGGAGACAGAAGACCCAGCAGCGUGCGAAACAGCAGCCGCUGCAGCGGCAGCAGCAGCAGCAGCAGCAGGAGCGUGUGAAGCUGCAGCAGCUCCACCAGCAGCAGCCGAUAGCAGCACGGAAGCAGAGCGGGAGUUCAUUUAGAGGGGGCAGUUGGCGCUGA